AUGUCGACAAACACCGCCAUAGGGAAUGAGAAGUCGUCCGAGUUAGAGAAUCCUCCUACCGCCGCUAUUGCCUCAAAUUUGAUGCUUGAAGCAGAUAUUCCCUCGUCAGAAAGAUUGCAACAGCCUUCUCGAACUAUGGAAGAAGAUGAGCACGGGAGCUGGGAUAGCCCCGACGACCCAGAUAACCCUUAUAACUGGCGACCUUUGCGCAAAAUAUCAAUCUCCGUCAUUGUCUCGUUCGGGCAGCUGGUGACACUAAUGUCGACGUCCAUGAUGGCAUCAGCUCUAAGCCGCAUCGGCCACGAUUUGGGCAUUGACGAGUCUGCAACCCAAAUCACCUUCUCCAUCUUUGUCCUCGGCCUCGCCUUUGCGCCGUUCCCUAUUGCGUCUUUCUCGGAGAUGUACGGUCGCAAGCCGGUGUGGCUUUUUUGCAAUGCAUUUUACAUAUUGUGGAACGCUGUAUGUCCAGUUGGCCGCUCGGCAGCACUUAUGGUGGUCGCUAGAUUUUUGGCCGGUUCGGGUGCGAGUGUGGGCAUCACGUUGACAGGCCCGAUCAUGGCCGACAUGUAUCGCAAAGAAGAGCGUGGCAAGUCGCUUGCUAUCGCGACCUUUGUGCCGUAUCUAGGCCCAGCACUAGGUCCUAUCGUGGGUGGUGCCAUUUCGCAGAAGCUGGAUUGGCCGUGGCUCUUCUACAUCUUGAGCAUGUUCAACGCCUUGAUUUGGGUCAUCGGGUUUGUCUUUGUGAAGGAAAGCUAUACCCCGGUGUUGCUGGCUCGUAGGCACAGGACUGCUUGUGCCAUGCCAGAACAGACAUCUUUUCAAGCGGCAUCUUCCAAGCUGGCUGCGAACCUACGUCGUCCUCUGCAGCUGCUCUGGCAGCGACCCAUCAUCCAAGUCAUAGCUCUGAUCAUGGCCUUGAAUUUUGGUGUUUACGUCCUUUUGCUGUCAACAUUUGCUGCGCUGUGGAUCCAGCGUUACGGAGAGUCCGCGUUCAUCAGCACUCUUCAUUAUAUCGCCAUCUCUGCCGGCACGACCCUCGCCACGCAAGGGGGCGGCCGCUUCAUGGAUUGGGUUUUUACAAAGCAAAAGGCACGCUCGUCAGACGGCAGUACAGCGCCAGAAUUUCGAGUGCCAUGCCUAGUACCACCCGUCAUCUUGAUCCCUGUCGGGCUCUUCUGGUAUGGAUGGGCAGCCGAAACGGGCGCGCACUGGGCUGUGGUGGAUGUCGGGGUGGCUGUAUUCGUGUGUGGAAGCUUUCUGUUGGCACAGGCCCUGCUGGCCUAUUUGCUCGAUGAGUUUUCGCACGCAGCAUCGGCCAACGCUGCGAGUCGAAUGCUUUCCAACAUACUGGGCUUUGCAUUUCCCAUACUUGCACCGCAAUUAUACACACGUCUGGGGUACGGUUGGGGCAAUAGCGUGCUUGCUUUCUUAUUCAUCGGCCUCGGAUGCCCGGUACCGCUGUUGCUCUGGGUAUGGGGCUCUAAGUUAAGAGCACUGGGUCGGAAAUAA